AUGUCCGGAAAAGUUUAUUUCAUCUCAGGUGCCAAUCGUGGUAUUGGUUAUGAAUUCGCCAAACAAUUAUCAUCAAUUUCUUCAAAUACUGUUAUAGCAACAGCUCGUGAUCCUUCGUCAUCUUCUGAGUUACAACAACUAUCUGGAUCCAACUCUAACGUUCAUGCCAUCAAACUUGAUGUUUCUGAUGAAAAAUCAUUUGAACAAUUAGAUGAUCAAUUAAAAGAUAUUGCACAAAAUGGUAUCGAUGUCUUGAUUUCAAAUGCUGGUAUUGCACAAUCUUAUAAAUCUUUGUUAGAAACACCAAAAGAAAAGUUCAUCAAUCACUUUAAUGUCAAUGCUGUUGGUCCAAUUCUUUUGGUUAAAGCUCUUUACAAAUAUUUACAAAAAUCUCAAACAAAACAUAUCGCUUUCGUUUCCAGUUUAGCAGGUUCUAUUAAUGAAUUUAUCCCAUUUAGCACAUCCGCUUAUGGUCAGUCAAAAGCAGCUUUGAAUUACGCUGUGAAAGAAUUUAGUUUUGAGUUAGAAUCUGAAGGUUUCACUGUCAUUGCUUUGCAUCCAGGUGUUGUUUCUACUGAUAUGUUCAAUACGGCAUUUUCUUACUAUGAAGAGAAUGUACCAGCUGUUGUUGAAGUUUUAAAAGACUACGAAACUUUAACUUCUGAAGAAAGUGCAAAGAGACAGUUAAAAACUAUCACUAACUUGUCAAAAGAGCAAAACGGUAAAUUUUAUGAUGAAAACGGUAAAGAGGUUUCCUACUAG